GCGAUGUUCGAUCAUCCCUGAAGAGCCGGUACUGAAGUUGGUGCUUGGCCGUCUUCUGCUGGCUCUCGUUUGUGAAUUGCGCUACGAGUUCCGCGUUAAAAAAUAACAGUAGUGCGCCGUAUCUCACUCGUACGCCUCUAGAAGAGAUGACACACAACGAGCAAACAUCCGUAGGAGCAAAAAAAAAAGGAAAAAACUCGCAGAUGAUGUUGGACACGGGGUGGGGACUUUGCUCUCGAGGCAGGAAUAUAUAAAUCGCAGGUAGGGCUUGAAAUUCAGACUAGUACGGGUACGAUCUGGAGACUAUCAGCGGCGAGACCUACGGACAAGAGAGAUGCGGAGCUCAAUGUUGAUCGUGAUCUUCUACGUGAUCGGGACGGCAACGUCGAAACCACUAUGGUCCACUUUGAUCGACGACAAUUACAUGCAUCCCACAUUCAACGCACAGCCGCAUUAUCUCGCCACGUAUCAGGAUACGCAUUCCCCCUAUUACGUUUACAAUGUUCACAUGAACACAGGGGGUAUACCGAGCACCAUUUACGCAAACGGUAAACCAGAAGCUGCUCUGCCGUCUUACAGUUUUUACUACGGCACACCGAUCUAUGAUUUUCGAAUUCCGCUGAGUCCGGUUUAUCCAGUGCUGACGCCGUCGCAUCAUCCGGGGUUCCCUCCUAGACCGCUACUUCCGCCGACGUCGACGCAAGAGCCCUUCGACGUAGACGAUUACGACGGCAUCGAGAAAUUAGACACGCAAGUUGACCCGAACGCGGAGACAAAGAAGCCGGAAAAUAACGAGGAUGAUGAUUCUAUAACCGUGGAAGCCAUAUGAAUCAUUUUCCUCGUCACGUACAUGAAAAGCGCGCGCACCCGCACAAUAACAAUUUAAUUAUAGAACAAUGAGCGUGCCUGCGUUUACUUCCUUAUGAUACGCUACUUUUACAUUCAUAUUACGUUACGCUGCGCAAUCAGUUCCAAAUAAGAAAUUCCCUGAGCAGUCUGCUCAUUAAAGGUAAUCAACGCCCAGCAGAAUCUUCUAUGUAAAAGGACACGCGUUUUUUACGCCACGUUUUUUAUAAUAAAUCAAUCUUCCUAAUG